UUUGCAGCGAUGGACAAAUGUAUUUAUAAUUCUAGCUUUAAAUUAUUUAUGAUUCAUAAACAAGUGAUAAGAGAACAGGAAACGUGUAUGAGAGAUAAAUAAAAGAAGCAAAGAAAGAAACCAGAGUGUAGAAGAAGAAAAAUAAGACGAUGAAGAAGAAAAAAAAGAGCUCCGGGAGGGAAAAGAGAAGAGAGAAAGUAAAAACCAAAAAAGUAUCGGCUGAGGGAUGGAGUGAAAUGUCUGCCGGCAUGUGUGGUGUGGGGAGUAUGGAUACUCUUUAGUGAGUAAAAUACAGUAGUACUUAGUAUAGAACAAACCAUUGAAGCGGCUGUGGCGGAUCGUCAAUCGUCCUGACGUUCCCCAUCAUAUUAGACCUAAUCUUGGGAUCUCCUUCGCGAAGAAACGUAUAAACAGCAUCCUAGUGUCGUGGUGCUGUGGCCAGCCAACCACCUCCUAACAGUACCAACGGCGGUUGAAAGAGACGCACGCGCUUUUCUCUUCCAAUCGUCACGUCUCAAAUUGCGCGCUUCAGCCUUUAGCUUAACUUACCGGGCAGUUAAACUUUACUUUGGUUUUUGCGUUUAUUCCGGGACGUUCGUGCAUCAAAUUACAAAAUCAUAAAAUUUAUAUUGAAAACGCUUCCACACAUUUGCAUACCUGUACAUAUCAAAGUAAUUAUAGAUUUUCGUUAAAUAUUUAUAUAUAAAUAACAGAUAAAUAAAACAAAACUCAGCUUAUUACGUGAGAAAGAUUCCAAGUGCUCAAGACAGAACUUAACAAGUGAAUUAGUUUUUUUUUUUAACAAUCGUGAAAAUUUUUUUUUCUUAUUUUUUAUUACUCUAAAGUAAUUUUGCUAGUCUCUAUUUUUUUUUUUUUUUUUUAAUGAAAAAUUACAUUUAUUUGUUUCAAUUAAAAUUUUAGUGUUUUAAUAAAUUGUUUAGAUAAAUUUUUAUACUUUUUGUUGUUUUGUUAUCUUGAUAAUUUGGUGAGUGAUGGCGCAACUGAUAAGCGUCAAACUAUCGAGAUUUGACGGAUCUCCAUGGGGAUUCCGGCUCCAAGGAGGAAAAGAUUUUGGUACACCUUUAAUUGUGCAAAAGGUGAAUGGAGGCUCCCCGGCAGAAGCAGCUGGUUUGAAAGCUGGCGAUGCGGUCAUCAGAGUCAACAACACAGAUAUGUUUAAUUUGCGUCACAAAGACGCCCAGGAUGUAAUCGUAAGAUCCGGUAACAACUUUGAGAUCACUGUCCAGAGAGGAGGUAGCACUUGGCGACCAAGUGUUUCACCUGUUUCUCAGUCAAUUCCCUCGCCGCAGCCUCAUCUUUCGGCAGGCAGCGUUUCUCCAGUGACUAAAACAUCGCUCGCUGCCAAAAAAACCGACGGACAUCUUAUUGGAAGUGGACAUAACUUUAGUCCUAAACCUUAUCCAAAUGGAACAAGCGAAGGACCAAUUAAAUCAAUUGUUAACAAACAAUACAACAGCCCAGUGGGAAUUUACAGCGAGCAGACAAUCGCUGAAACUCUUUCUGCGCAAGCUGAAGUACUUGCCGGUGGUGUUUUAGGAGUAAACUUCAAGAAAAAUGAGAAGAAUUACACACCAGAAAACAGUGAAGUAUUCAAAAUGGUGCGAGAAGCUGACAAGGAGCCAAAAACUCCAGAGCCUACUGACUCAGCGAUACACAGUGGAGUAGUGACGCCCUCGUCACCAGCCUUAACUGGACUCAGAUCAGUGUCCGCGCCAGAGACUAAACCUCAGCCGACUCCGCCACCCCAGAGCAGCUUGCCACCUGGCCAAAACAUUUGCGCUGAAUGUGAAAGACUUAUUGUUGGAGUCUUUGUCAGAAUCAAGGAGAAAAAUCUUCACGUCGAAUGUUUCAAGUGCUCAACAUGUGGUACCACCCUCAAGAAUGUUGGUUAUUACAAUAUAAACAGUAAAUUGUACUGUGAUAUUCAUGCAAAACUUGUUGCGAGACAGCAAGCUCCUGCUGGAUAUAUUCCAGUGACUGUUUCACCAGGAGCUAAAGCACCAGCAAGUACCAUUUCAGCAGCACUUGGUAAUUUCCAAAGCCAAUCACCCAUGUCACCAACACCUUUCAGCAAUGGUACCAGCUCAACACCUUCUUUCUCUACACGCAAGACGUUCUACCGUCCACCAUCGUCUUCCUCGUCGUACACCGUCGAUUACUGUGAAGUCUCAUCGCAACCGGUUGAUCGUACUAGUACCUACGAAUCGUUGCCAUCUGAAACAAAUUACCGGAGUAUGGUGAAGAACGAGGCCGUCAAUAAUCAGCAAAACAACUACAAAACAUACACAAGUACCAUAACAAUUAGGACCGGAAGCGAGGUUGGAAAUAAGGAUUACUACAGCGACGACACCAAUAAUACAGUGUGCCUUACGACUCUCGACUCCACCACUGAUACCACUGUCUCUAAGUUUUUUUUUAAGUUUUAUAUUUUUCCGGCAAACUUAAGUGGUCCGAAACCUUUCAGUGGGUCCAGUAAUUUCGGGCCGACAUCCAAUUUUACUUCGACUCCGACCUCAAAUUCAGUUAACAACAAUUUCUCUCGGCCUCAAAGUCAAACAGUCACUGAAUCUUAUCACGCGGAAUAUAAUUAUUUGGAGGAGAAGGACAUAAAAGGAACACCAGCUCCUAGCACAGCUGACGAAUACUCCCGACCUCCGUCGUCGGUACGAAACAAGAGCUUGCAGUGGCCGCCUAUUAAAAGUCUUGAAGACGCAACCUAUCCUACAGCAAGUCCCAUUUGGAUCGACCCGAAUCCAGUUUUAGACCGACGUCCGAGACACAUUGUUCAAGACAGACAAGUGGAGCUUCACGAAAACGCCUGUCGGCGAAGCGAAAGCGUAAACCGGAGAAGAGAAGCUAACAGACGCGAAGAAUUCAGCCAUUGUAACUGGGGAGAAGAACCAAUGGAGAACAAGCCAGUUUGCAGUGCGCCAUUUUAUCGCAAGACAACGACCACCGAAUGCUCGGAAGUCCGACAAUCUCGAAGCUCGAGCUUAAACCGUCCAGGAUCUGCAGAAGGUGUCAGAAGAUCCUUGACGCCUACCAGAAUUAGCCAACCUGUUCCACAACCUUGGAGUGGUUCCACUGAAUCGAGCUCUUAUCGACAUGUUCAGGCCCCAGUGCCACCAGAACCGCCAAUUUGUCGCAAAGUUUGCACCUGCGAAAUUAUCUGUGAACGAAUAACUGGUCCAGGAGGGCCGGAACAUCAACAAGAUCAUGUUUACCGAGAAGUUAAGUGCGAACUGUGCAAUCCACCGCCUUGCAUGCAGGUAACUGAUUACGACCAGGAGCAGGAGAUUGAAGAACCCUGCGAGAUUCUCGAACAACAAACCGAUUCAGAAGUUGUAGAUCUGUCAAAAGUUGUCCCUCCAGAUGUGGCAGUGUGUCCCAAGGGUGUGGAAAAUCAACACAACAUGCACACCGAGAUCAUGGAGAAGGAUGAGGGCAAUAUUCAUAUCAAGAAGACUACUAUUUAUGAAAAGACAGUGGAAAUUGUCUCUCCAAGCGAGUCACCUGCGAAUGACAAUGAAGUUGAAAACUGGUCCGGCAGAAGACAACACGUUGAGUCGGCAGAUAAAAUUUCGUCGUUUAUUGAGACCAAGAAGAUGAUUGAAGAAGCCAAGCAAGAAGAACUUAAGCAUCGCGAGGCGUAUGAAGAAGAGUGCAGACGUGAGGAAGAAAAGAUGAGAAGAGUGCAAGAGGAAGAAGAACGUCGAGAAGCUAAUCGAUUGAAAAUUUUGCAAGCUGAGAAGGAGGAAAAAGAGCGACGCAUUAAGGAACAGAAGCGAGAAACUGAAAUGCGCAUUCGCCAGGAAGAAGAAGAAAGAUUUGGAAAGCAUGUUAGCUUCUCACAAAACCAGAGCUGUGAUUAUCAGAACCAGAACAACAGUCGAAUUAUGUCCGCCGAGCAGCAUUACCGCGAGCUCAAAGAAGAAAUAAAGGUCCAGGACACUGAAAGAACCGAACAGGAGCGCCGUGAAACUCUUCGCCAGCAGGUUGAGAUUCACAAGUGUCUGAGAGAACAGCAGGCUCCGGAAAGGCGCCAACAGCAGUCGAAUCUCCAAGAACGUCGGAUUGAAAAACGGUUCCGACCUCAGUCACCGCCUCACGAGUCUUCUUCGUCCUCUUGUCAGCGUAAACACGUGCAAUUCGUGAAGCAAACCGAAAGCGGAACUUGUCAGAUGCAAUAUCCAGUUCAGAAUUCUACGCCCAAAGAAUGGAAGUCGGAAAUGGUGAAAGCGCUGACUACUGCUCCAACCAGGCCUUACUCGCCGCUUCAGCCGUCAAACAUGCAAACCGGAGAUCAACACUACCAGGAAGACAACAGCUGCUCCAGCAAGACAAUGUACUCCAGUGAAGUACGGUACGAAGAAACCUGUCGAAGUUUUCCUCCUCCACCGCAGCCUCCACAGCCAUACGUUCCCCGACCAGGAUCGCCGUUCGCAGAAGCACUAACUAUCGCACCCGAGCGUCCUUAUACACCUCUCGGUGAGCGUUCAGUCAAAGGCUGCGAGAAUGUUAUUUGCGUCGACAGAGAAGACACGCCGAUAAAUCAGUCAACGCCUCAAGGAUACUGCCACCCCGCUGAAAUUUUGUACACCGACUCAACAGAGCGUCAAUCACGAUCGCGAGAACGCAAUCUGAGCAGAGUUCAAGGACCACGUCCCUUGCCAACGCCACCUACUAAUUAUAAAUUCCGCGACGCUUCUCCCUCGCCUGCUAGAACUCUCUCUCGCUCUACGACUCCCCGAGAUCCGGGUCUGCCAGCAGCGCUGAAAAGACCCGACACUAUUCCUUCCUACCAGAAACACUUGAUCACAGAAGACUAUGAUCCCGUUGAAGCUCAACCCUAUGUUCCAAGCAGAUCACCAACUCCUUGUCGCUCAAAGUCACCAGCUCCAGGACCAGCUUAUCUGCCGAAUCCUCUUCAACACAACUUGGGCCGCAAACCCUACCAUUCAAAUGUGCCCAGCUACGACCAGCCGUCUUCUGAAUCUUAUUCGUACAAGGCCCAGUCUGCUUCAGCUUCAUACUCUUGUCCUGAACAGCAAAGCAAGCAAGUUACUUACCGAGCUCAACCUCAGCAGAGUGAAACUCCAAAGAACCAGUACUCUGAAAACUACGGCAUGAGAAGCUAUGUCUCUGAAGAUCACUCUGAAAAACAGUGCAGUCGCACGUCUUACGCCGAAAAGUACAAGCGCAUUGAAGAGAAACAACUGGAAGCUUGCCGCCAGAGUGAGAUGCAGCUUUCGAAAUCCGAGGAGUCAUUGGUUGAUGACUCAACUUGCACGAUAUCGAAAGUAUCUCGUAAUCCUCCGUCGCUUCCUUGUCCGGUGGUUGCUUCACACUCGAGCGUGUCGGAGAGAAUCCAACGGACUGGAGUCCGCGUGCUUCCAACUCCAUGUGAAACAACGACCUCUAGCUACCAGGUCUGCGAGUCAAGGCCGAUUUGCCACUCGCAGAACGAAAGCAAGUGUCCGAAUACUGGAGUGACUAUUUUGCCUUGCAGAGCUGUUUCUGAUGCUGGGAGCAGAGCUGGGAUUGUAAUUGUCCCUUGCGAGGGUCCGGAUGCUCAGUGUCCUCAGACUGGAGUGAGAAUCACUCCGACACCUGACAGAGGUCUUUGUGUCUCUCCGGUAGCUCACGGACGAUCUUCCGGAAGCUGCUACGGAAGCGACAAUUCAAGGGCUGGAGGGUGCGCUAUUGAUGUUGGAAACUGUCCGGGGUCGGGAGUAAAAGUCGGGACUUGUGCUGACGGGUCAGUCUGCGUAGCUCCGUGUAAAACGUCUGGAUGUCCGAAGCCGAUUCUUAAGUGUCCUGCCAAGCCAGUUCCUUUUCCCCACAUCCCGCUUCCUGAACCGGAGGACGUUGGUUGCAGCUCUUGUCCGUUGAAAAAUCAGCAGGAGUGCAACCCGCCGAAUGCAAACAACAGCUUCAAGCCGAUUAAUGGGCAGCCUCGCACUAACCUGAGUAACCAGCUUACGCGUUUGACUGUUCGUCGUGACAAACAAGUCGUUCAGCUGUUUAAGCCGCAGCCUCAAUCCCAACCUUGUUCUGACGGUGUGCACUGUGAGCCAAACGUUAAUCGUUCUUGUUCUGACGGUGUGCACUGUGAACCGGAUCCCUAUCGCUCCCUGGCUCCUCAACAAAACCCCACCCCCUUUUCCUCCUCCUCGAAUCCUGAACCGUAUAGAAAAACCCAGAACUUAGUAGAUCCACCGAAUUUCUCCGACCCGAAUUUAGGUAGCGGAGUUGGAGGACCUUCCAGUGGAGGAAGCUGCAAAUUCGCUGGAAGCUCUGCACCAAAGCGCGGUCGAGGAAUCCUCAAUCAGGCUGGAGCUGGCGGUCGACAACCACUCUGCGGUUAUUGCAAUUCAUAUGUCAGAGGUCCAUUCAUCACUGCUCUAGGACAAAUCUGGUGCCCAGAGCACUUUGUUUGUGUGAACACACAGUGUCGUCGACCGCUUCAAGAUAUUGGAUUUGUCGAGGAGAAAGGGCAACUGUACUGUGAAUACUGUUUCGAACGUUUCAUUGCUCCCUCGUGCAACAAGUGCAACGGGAAGAUAAAAGGUGAUUGCUUGAAUGCGAUCGGAAAGUCGUAUCAUCCCGAUUGCUUCAGCUGUGCUUACUGCGGGAAAAUCUUUGGAAACAGUCCAUUCUUUCUGGAAGAAGGAUUGCCGUACUGCGAGGCCGAUUGGAACGAACUCUUUACAACGAAAUGCUUUGCCUGUGGGUUCCCCGUAGAAGCAGGCGAUCGCUGGGUAGAAGCUCUCAACAAUAAUUACCACAGCCAGUGCUUCAACUGCACGAUGUGUAAAAAGAAUCUUGAGGGCCAGAGCUUUUAUGCCAAAGCCGGUCGACCCUUCUGCAAAAAUCACGCACGCUAAGCUCACGAUUAUAAGAAUAAUUCAACAAAAUUAAGCCGUAAAAUUAUAUUGCUAAUAUUGAUAAAAAAAAAAAAACAAAUAUUUUAGGCUAAUAAUAAAAAUAUAAUAAUAUAAUACAGAAGAUACAAUACAAGAACAGUUAAAUAUUUAUUGUUCCGUAAAUAAUAGCUUCAGCAACUUAUACUAUAUAUUUAUUUUAUUUAAAACAAAUUAAAUAUAUUUGAAUUAAAAAGCUUAUGUGUUAUGAGUUUAAUGGAAUGCUAACUGUACAGAGAAUAAGUCUAAUGAUUGAUUGUCUGUGAAUCGAAUCAGAAUUCUAUUUACUGAUAUAUGGUUAAAAUAAUAAUAAAAAAAUAAUCAUAUUGCUUUAUUCAACUAUAAUGAUAAGCACUUUAAUAAGUAACUGAAGAAUAACUAGAUCAUUUUGAAUUUUUAGAGAUAAGAUUGAUAUAAUAACAACUAUAAAAUAAAAAGCUUAUGAUUUGUGGCAUGUUCUCUUGGGAAUAAAUAUAUUGUAUAUUUAUACAAAUAUUAAUAAUAAUUAUUAAUGACAUAAUAUAUUUUACGAGGGGAUAAAAUUAUGUAUAAAUCUGUAUUACUCGAAGAACUUUUAAAUUGUAUCAAGGUUGAUUAAACUGGGCGUGUUGUGUACCCCAAUAAGUUAACAAUAAUCAGAAGGAAAGCUUUAUGAAGCUAUGAUGUACACGCAAAGGUCACCGUUGUAAUUAGAUAUUACGACAAAUUUACAAUUGUUAAUUACAUCCGUACGAUAUAUAUUUUAAUAAUAAUUUGUAACAAACGUUAAUUACGGAAUAUUUAUAAAUAUACGUAAAUAUAGAAUCCGAUAAAUGUAAAUGUAUUAUAUGACAUAGCAAGUUAUUUAAAACAAAUGUCAAGACGAAUUUUAUUUAGUGCACAUACCAUCUAGACAGAAAGCCAGUUGUAUGGUAUUGCGUGAUGCACUGCAUAAAAAGUAACUUGAAUAAUUAUUGAGACAGUUUAACUAGUAGAGGUAAAUUAUAGCUAAAUGGUUUUUUACAACUUGAAUUCAUUUUAAUUGUAUCCAAAGCUAUUAUGUUAUACUAUCUCUUGCAGAAGCAAACAUAAAACUUUUCAACUAAAUAAUUACCCUGUGCCAAUGAAAUUGUUCUUGACAAUAAUAAUUACCGCAAAAACGAGUCAAUUAAAUGUAUUAAUUUAUAACCAAAGAUUUACAACUGCUAGAU